AUGACUGUCCCAGAACUUCCAAUCCUCUGGCGUGAUAAUGCCCCGCCUUGUGAAUACGAGGCGUGGCGAACUCGAACCUUCAAUUCCAAACGACCUGAUGAUCAGCCUCUUGCCAUUGUCAAACCCACCACUAUAGAUCACAUCGUGGCAGCGACGGCAUUGGCUAAUGAACAAAGUGCGAAGCUCGCUCUUCGAUCGGGUGGACACAGCCUUCAGUGCUGGUCUCUGCGCAAAGACUCGAUAUUGGUGGACUUAGAGAACUUCCGAUAUCUAGAGUUUGAUGGUGCCACGGGAGUUGCGUCAGUAUCCCCUAGCGUGACUUCCUCGGAAUUGUUGCUCUUCCUGGCGAAACAUCAGCGCUUUUUCCCCUCCGGCCAUUCCGGCGAAGUCGGGCUGGGAGGUUUUCUGCUACAGGGUGGAAUUGGACUGAACGCUAGGAGCUACGGAUAUGCCUGCGAGUACUUAACUGCUGUUGACGUUGUUACUGUAUCUGGGGAGGUCAAACACUGCUCUUCGGACGAGAAUGCGGAUUUGUAUUGGGCUGCAAGGGGUGCUGGGCCAGAAUUUCCAGCCAUCGUGACCAGGUUUCACCUGAACACACUGCCACUUCUUCCCACCGUCAAAAGAUGUACCUAUAUCUGGCCGGCCGUAUGCUAUGAGAUCGUCUUCAAAUGGGUGCUUGAGAUUCUCCCCACUCUAUCCGAUGACAUUGAACCAACUAUCUUCGGCUUGACCUUACCGAAUACGCCUAUUCCGGUCAUUGCCUUUCAUGCUCAUGUACAUGCAGAGUCGGACGAGUCGGCGAACGAAUUACUCAAACCUCUGCACCAGUCUCACCCGGCUGGUGCGAUGGUAGAGCAAGACUGUGUAGAUACAUCUGUGCAACAGGAAUUUGAGGCGGGCCAUGCAAUGAUGCCCCCGGGAGCAAGAUACUUCACCGACAGUGUCUUCCUCACGCAAGGAACCGACAUUGUUGAGGCCUGUCGCGAGAUGUUUACCAUACUUCCUGCGCACACGGCCGGGAGUAUAGCUUACUGGGAGCCAAUGAAACAGCGAACCAAGCUACCCGAGAUGGCUUGGUCUAUCCACAGCGAACAUUACGUCUCACUGAUGGCCAUUUAUGGGGAUCAGGAUCAGGAUCAUAAGCAGCAGACUUGGAUUUUGGAGUGUUUCAAGGAUAUGGACAGCAAAGGUUUGUUGUUGGGGACCUAUGUUGGGGAUGCCCAUCCUAAGGAUAGGCCACAUCACUACUGGAGCGACUCGGCCAAGGAGCGCAUCCAGAAAAUUGGAGCCCAGUGGGACCCUGAAGCCAGGCUUCGCGGUACUAUCUUCGCAGAGGACACUCUGUAA